UCGAGGGGGCGGGUUCGGGUGCGGGCGCGGCGGGGGCUGCGGCUUCAGGGUGUGCCUGGUGGCUACUUCAGGAAACAUGGCCAAGUUUGCCCUGAAUCAGAACCUGCCUGACCUGGGCGGCCCUCGCCUAUGCCCCAGUGAGACUGGGGGCGCCCGCAGCCCGAGCUCGCCCUACUCGGUGGAGACGCCCUAUGGUUUCCACCUGGACCUGGAUUUCCUCAAGUACGUGGAGGAGCUGGAGCGCGGCCCUACAGCCCGCCGAGUCCCGGGCGCCCCACCCGCUCGCCGCCCUCGCGCGCCCCGGGGUGGCCUCGCAGGUGCGCGCAGCCCAGGUGCCUGGACCUCCAGCGAGUCCCUGGCCAGUGACGAUGGCGGACCAUCGGGCGCACUCUCCCCAGGAGCGCCCUCAGGGCUACAGCUGACACCGCUGUCGCCGCGCGCGCCGGUGCGCAACCCGCGCGUCGAGCACACGCUCCUGGAGACCAGCAGGCGGUUGGAGCUGGCGCAGGCUCACGCGCACGAAGGCGCACCCAGCCUGGCCCGCGCGGUCCCGCGCAGCCCGCGUGGGUCGGGCCACAGCAGCCCCGCCCUCAACCCGGCCCUCGCCUCUCCCGGCCCUGCGCAGCUGCAGCUGGUGCGAGAGCAGAUGGCCGCGGCCCUGCGGCGCCUGCGUGAGCUCGAGGACCAGGCGCGCGCGCUGCCCGCGCUGCAGGAGCAGGUGCGCGCGCUGCGCGCCGAGAAAGCGCGGUUGCUGGCUGCGCGCCGGCAGCCCGAGCCCGACGGGGAGGCCGAGGCGCGCCCGGACAAACUUGCUCAGCUCCGGCGACUCACUGAGCGCCUGGCCACCUCUGAGCGCGGCGUUCGCGCCAGGGCCAGCCCCGGUGCUGAAGACCCCGACGGGUCGGCUUCUAGGCGCAGCGAGGGUGCGUUGCAGGUCCUGGACGGGGCGCCCCAGACGCGAGAGGAGGGCACCCAGACAGUGCGGGAGACCCAAGAGGCGGGAGCCCAGGUGGUGUGGGAGACCCAGGAGACCGGCGUGGAGGCAGUUCCGGAGACCCACGAGGCAGAAGCGUGGGUGACCGAGGCUCUGCUGGGGCUGCCCGCGGCCACCGAGCGCGAGCUGGAGCUGCUGCGCGCCAGCCUGGAGCAUCAGCGCGAGGUCAGCGAGCUCCUGCGGGGCCGGCUGUGUGAGCUGGAGGAGGCCCGCGAGGCUGCCGAGGAGGCAGAGGCGGCGGCGGCGGCGGCCCGGCCCCAGCCGCACGAGGCUGCCACCCAGACCCCGUGGGCUUGUGCGGAGAAGGCCACGCAGACCGACGUCCCCGUGGAGGUCCAUGCCCCGAUGCAGGAGAACCCGCCGGGACCCACGGAUGGGGAUAGGGCCGUGGCGCCCGCGGGCACCCUCAAAUCCAUUAUGAAGAGAAAAGAUGGUACACCUGGAGCCCAAACCAGCCCUGGACCCAAGAGCCUGCAGUUUGUUGGGGUCCUCAACGGAGAGUAUGAGAGCUCAUCCAGCGAGGGCGACAGCGGCAGCGAGGACGGCGCAACUGAGCCCCAGAGGAGCAGUUCCUCCAGCUCAGGCGAUGACAGUGGUGGGGGAUCCGACUCUGGGACCCCUGGCCCUCCCAGCGGCGAGGAGGCCCGAGAUCCGGAGCCCGAGGCAGAGCCCGAGCCUCAGCCGGUUGCCCAGGGGAGGUGCGAGCUGAGCCCGCGUUUGAGGGAGGCUUGCGCAGCACUACACCGGCACCUGACCCGGCCCCGCGGAGUCGCCCGCGACGGCGGCGCAGCUCGCCUGGUGGCCCAGGAGUGGUUUCGAGUGUCCAGCCAGCGGCGCUCUCAGUCGGAGCCUGUGGCCCAGGUGCUGGGCGCAGUGGCACGCAUGGGACCAGAGCUGCUGGAGCACGUGGUGAACCUGGCAGAUGGCAACGGGAACACAGCCCUGCACUACAGCGUGUCCCAUGGGAACCUGGCCAUUGCGAGCUUGCUGCUAGAUACAGGGGUCUGCAAGAUUGACCACCAGAAUCGAGCUGGCUACUCGGCCGUCAUGCUGGCUGCACUCACCUCUGUGGGCAGAGAGGAGGACAUGGCUGUGGUCCAGAGACUCUUCCGCAUGGGCAAUGUCAACGCCAAGGCCAGCCAGACCGGACAGACAGCCCUCAUGCUGGCCAUCAGCCACGGCCGCCAGGACAUGGUAGCAGCCCUGCUAGCGUGUGGGGCAGACGUCAAUGCACAGGAUGCUGAUGGGGCCACGGCACUGAUGUGUGCCAGUGAGUAUGGGCGCCUGGACACUGUCCGGAUGCUGCUGGCCCAGCCAGGCUGUGAUCCUGCUCUCCUGGACAAUGAGGGCACCAGUGCCCUGGCCAUUGCCCUGGAGGCAGAACAGGAUGAGGUGGCUGCUCUGCUGCAUGCCCAUCUGAGCUCAGGCCAGCCCAGUCCACUGUUGCCCCCUGACUCCCCCAUGGCCAUGCCUGGUGAAGAAGGAGGUAGCGACACUGGAGAAGACCCCCUGACUCACUGACUGGUCUGACACACUGGACCUGGGACUGGGAGAAAAGAUCUUUCCCUCUCCCACCUCAGCCUCUAGGCCCAGCAGGGGGCAGGGUCCACCUGAAGGGGCUCACUUUGAACUCUCCAGAGUGAGAUGGGAGCUGAGGAGUGACAGAGCCCCUAGCCCACCCACUCCUCCAGCCUUCUUCCCUAAUAAAACAUUCCUAAUGCA